ACGUCAGCCUCCCCGUCCUCCCAGCCAGGCUGGACCUCUGGGAGAGGCCUGUCUGUCCUGCGCCCUGUGCAGACGCCUUCCACUGUCCCCCAGGGCUGCUGUGCACUCCCUGGCUGGCCUGUUGCCCCCUCUGGGACUAGAGGGUACAGCCCAGAACUGUCUUCCGAGAAAGAGGUGUUCUCCUGGACCCACACUGUCCCCAGGCCUCAGGCUCCUGCAGAGUGUGAGGGAGACCCCGGUGAUAUCCUCAGCUGUUUCCACCAAAUCCUUUCAUCUUUCGAGGCCAACUCCCCAGGCAAGGCGGGGGCCCCGUCUACUGCUGGACGCGGAGCCAUGAAGAAGCAGUUCGUGGUGCUGGGCCUGCUGGCCGUGGUUCUGGUGCUGGUUGUUAUUGGCCUCUGUCUCUGGCUGCCCUCUGCCUCCAAGGAACCUCCCAACCACGUGUACGCCAGGGCUGCUGUGGCUGCCGAUGCCAAGCGCUGCUCGGAGAUUGGGAGGGACGCACUGAGGGACGGUGGCUCUGCGGUGGACGCAGCCAUUGCCGCUCUGUUGUGCUUGGGGCUCAUGAAUGCCCACAGCAUGGGCAUCGGGGGCGGCCUGUUCCUCACCAUCUACAACAGCAACACUCGAAAAGCCGAGGUCAUCAAUGCCCGCGAGGUGGCCCCCAGGCUGGCCUUUCCUAACAUGUUCAACAGCUCGGAACAGUCCCAGGAGGGGGGGCUGUCGGUGGCUGUGCCUGGAGAGAUCCGAGGCUAUGAGCUGGCACACCAGCGGCAUGGGCGGCUGCCCUGGGCUCGCCUCUUCCAGCCCAGCAUCCAGCUGGCCCGCCAGGGCUUCCCUGUGGGCAAGGGCUUGGCAGCAGCUCUGGAAAACAAGCGGGCCGUCAUCGAGCAGCAGCCUGUCUUGUGUGAGGUGUUCUGCCGGGAUGGAAAGGUGCUUCGGGAGGGGGAGAGACUGACCCUGCCGCAGCUGGCUGACACCUACGAGACGCUGGCCAUCGAGGGCGCCCAGGCCUUCUACAACGGCAGCCUCACCGCCCAGAUUGUGAAGGACAUCCAGGCGGCCGGGGGCAUCAUCACAGCCGAGGACCUGAACAACUACCGUGCUGAGCUGAUCGAGCACCCGCUGAACAUCAGCCUGGGAGAUGCAGUACUCUACAUGCCCAGCGCACCACUCAGCGGGCCUGUGCUGGCCCUCAUCCUCAACAUCCUCAAAGGGUACAACUUCUCCCGGGCGAGCGUGGAGACGCCUGAGCAGAAGGGCCUGACAUACCACCGCAUCAUAGAGGCUUUCCGGUUUGCCUACGCCAAGAGGACGCUGCUUGGGGACCCCAAGUUUGUGAAUAUAACUGAGGUGGUCCACAACAUGACCUCUGAGUUCUUCGCCGCCCAGCUCCGGGCUCAGAUCUCUGAUGACACCACCCACCCGACCUCCUACUACAAGCCCGAGUUCUACACGCCGGAUGACGGAGGCACUGCCCAUCUGUCUGUCAUCGCAGAGGACGGCAGUGCUGUGUCUGCCACCAGCACCAUCAACCUCUACUUUGGCUCCAAGGUCCGGUCCCCGGUCAGCGGCAUUCUGUUCAAUGAUGAAAUGGACGACUUCAGCUCUCCCAACAUCACCAACGAGUUUGGGGUGCCCCCCUCACCCGCAAAUUUCAUUCAUCCAGGGAAGCAACCACUCUCAUCCAUGUGCCCAACGAUCAUGGUGGGUAAGGACGGCCAGGUCCGGAUGGUGGUGGGAGCUUCUGGGGGUACACAUAUCACCACGGCCACAGCACUGGUAUGUGUCACCCCUUCCCUCCCUGGCCCUGCCUACCCCACCCAACCCCGCCCAGUGCCAGGCCAUGCUGAUCACACCCUCAUGCCCCAGGCCAUCAUCUACCACCUCUGGUUCGGCUAUGACGUGAAGCGGGCCGUGGAAGAGCCCCGGCUGCACAACCAGCUUCUGCCCAAUGUCACGACAGUGGAGAGAAACAUUGACCAGGCAGUGACUGCAGCCCUGGAGGCCCGGCACCAUCACACCAAGGUCGCAUCCUCCUUUAUCGCUGUGGUGCAGGCCAUCGUCCGCACGGCUGGUGGCUGGGCAGCUGCCUCAGACUCCAGGAAAGGCGGGGAGCCUGCUGGCUACUGAGUGCUUGGGGCGGACGAGGCUGACCGGCAAUCCAGGGACAAGAGACUCACCGGGGCCAAGAAGGGGACUUUGGGGGAUGUGCUUCCCCUGUGAGCAGCAGAGCAACACAAUAAAUGAGGCUGCUGUGCCAGGCUUCAGGCAGCCUCCCUGGCCUGGCUCCCCA